AGCUUCAGAUCCCGGCUCCUCUCCUGCCUCUGGAACCGCACCCCUCACCACCCUGGUUGCCGCAAUGAGCCUCCCGCCCAGCCGCGCCGCCCGCCUCCCUGGCCCCUCCGGCUCGCUGUGCGCGCUGCUUUUGCUGCUGUUGCUGACGCCGCCGGGGCCCCUCGCCAGCGCCGGUCCCGUCUCGACCAUAGUGAGGGAGCUGCGUUGCAUGUGUUUAACCACCACACAAGGGAUUCAUCCCAGAAUGAUCACUAAGAUUCAGGUGAUCGCUGCCGGCCCACAGUGCUCCAAGGUGGAAGUCCUAGCCACCCUGAAGAACAAGAAGGAAGUCUGUCUGGACCCAAAAACCCCAGUGAUGAAGAAAGUCAUCCAGAAAAUUUUGGACAGCGGAAGAAAAACUGAUUAAGAGAAAGGACCAUGCACUGGAAAAAUCGCCCAGUUCCUUAGCAGAGCAGUUUCCUGAGUGUCUCAGGAACCAGUGAAGACAAGAAGCAAGGACAAGUUUUCUCCAAUGAGUUAGGCUUCUUCAUAAAUUUCCCACUUUGAGAAAAGGAUGGUGGGGAGGCACCUAUGUUUGUCCCUCAAGUUUAAUGCUCAGCUUAUGAAGUAUUUAACACAGUAUUUCCCGCUAUUUAUUUGCUGUUAUUUUAUCUGCUGUGCUAUUUGAAAUCUUUGGCAAUUGAUUAAAUUGUGAGUCAAGAAUCAGUGGUCGUUAAGCUUUCAAAGUGACUUGUAUUUUUAGAAUAUAUUCCUUACAGUGUUACUGAGAAGACUGUGGGUUUAAUAUGUGAAUGUUAUUUCAUUAGAAUGCUGUAGGUGGAGGUAAAUUGUUAUCUUCACGCCUCAUGAAAUAGGAGAUAUUUUGGUAUCAUUUCUUGGGGAAUAUGUUAGGUUUCCUUGCUCUUGACUCUGGGAUGCUGAGUUAUAUUGCCUUAAAAAGCUGGUGUAACAUGCAGUUAUUUGUAAAAAAUAUGCUUCCUUAUUUAGAAUUUUUAAAUGUUUAAGUUCUAUAAGAACUAAUAUGUUUUUUUCCUAUAAUUUUAGACAUUUGAUGUCUUCUUAGUAUGGCAUAAUGUCAUGACUUACUAAAUCUUGAUUAUAUGGUGUGUAUUAACCAUUUUACUAGGAGUACUAUAAUUCUAGUCACUAAAUAUAUGUUUUGGACAGAUGAAGAAGCUAGGAAAUAGGCAAAUUCCCUAUUUCUAGUUUUUUUUUUAAUAGAAAUGCAUUGUUUGCAUUUUUUAGGAAUAAAAGCAAACUUCACAAUGAUUUGUACUUGUAAAGUUUUGAAAAGAUGUUUGAGCUAUUUAAAUAUAGAUUCACAUUUAGUUUUCAAAAAGUAUACACAGGUUAAGGUUUUGAUCAUUUUGUGAUAAAGAAUUAUCUAUGCAUCACACUUACCAUGUGAAAGUUACUCUUUAUUACGUGUCUCAUUGGUUUGUAGCACUUCUUUUGUUCUUUGGGAAAAAAAAAUAAAAGAUUUAUAA